GAAUGUUUUGGUGCGGCACUCAGAACGCGGAAGCGAAGCGCCGCUCCUGUGUUUAUGUUUUCGUCCUCUCACAGAUCGAGUUUAAAAGUGAAGUCUUAGAGCAACAUGGCGGUGAGUGCCGUUCACCUGGAGUCCGACGCCUUCCUGGUGUGUAUGAAUCACGCUCUGAGCACAGAGAAAGAAGAGGUGAUGGGUUUGUGUAUCGGAGAGGUGGAGGUGACCCGCAUCGUCCACAUCUACUCGGUCAUCAUCCUCCGCCGCUCGGACAAGAGGAAGGACCGGGUGGAGAUCUCCCCCGAGCAGCUGUCGGCGGCUUCAACGGAGGCGGAGCGGCUGGCCGACAUCACCGGCAGACCGAUGCGGGUGGUGGGCUGGUACCACUCCCAUCCGCACAUCACCGUGUGGCCGUCCCACGUCGACGUCAGGACCCAGGCCAUGUACCAGAUGCUGGACCAGUGCUUCGUGGGCCUUAUCUUCUCCUGCUUCAUCGAGGAUAAAAACACCAAAACUGGUCGCGUGCUCUACACCUGCUUCCAGUCCGUGCAGGCGCAGAAGGGCUCCGAGUACGAGCGCGUGGAGAUCCCGAUCCACGUCGUGCCUCGUGAAGCCAUCGGUAAAGUGUGCCUGGAGUCUGCCGUGGAGCUGCCCCGGAUCCUGUGCCAGGAGGAGCAGGACACCUACCGCAAGAUCCACAGCCUGGCCCACCUGGACCCCGUUACAAAGAUCCACAACGGCUCGGUGUUCACCAAGAACCUGUGCAGCCAGAUGUCUGCGGUGAGCGGGCCGCUGCUGCAGUGGCUGGAGGACCGGCAGGAGCAGAACAAGCAGAGCAUCGUGGAGCUGCAGCGGGAGAAGGAGAGGCUGCUGCAGGAGCUGGCUGCUAUGUGAGCCCGGAGGAGGGGAGCACAGAACCCCUUUUUCAUCUUUCUGUGUUGGUGGACAGAAGUAAAGGACCCUCUGUGUCCAUUGUAAAACUCUUUUUACCUGAAACUCUCCAAAAUAUUCAGUAUCAGUAGGUGAUACGAUAUAUUAUUGUAUAUUAUAAAACCAUAUUCUUGAUUAAAUAUGUCCUUGACAUAUAGGCCUACUUUAGCUGGACUUAAUAUAUUUGGACUAAGGUUUUGUACAGCUGUGCUGUGUGAAGACAAGAUUCACUUAAGGAUUACUUCUGGCUAUGAAUCUGCCAAUUAUUUUCUCAAUAAAGCAUUUUGGUCUAUUAAC